AUGCACAAAGGAGUGCCCGUCUUGUUGUUGUUGUGGUGUGCUUGCUUCUUGUGUGUUUUUUUUUGUGUGUCGUGCACUCUGAUGACUGCUGUUCGUGUGUUUGUGUUUGUGUUUGUGUUUGUGGCAUGGUGUUGUUGUUGUUGUGGGCUGGAUGCUGCCGCUGUCGCAGUGAGUGCAUCCUCCUCCUCCUCAAGCAGUGAACCGGUCCUUGCACGGCUUGUGCGCGACAACAGCAAUUGCUCGUUCGAGAGCCACUACCCGUAUCAGUACGUGACGUACAAGACCAGCGAGGCGCCCGUGAUUGAUGGAUCGCUGGACGAGCCGCUGUGGCAGGAGGUGGCGUGGACGCGCGACUUUCUCGACAUUUCGGGCCCGGAUUUCCCGACGCCACGCUUCAAGACGGCCGCCAAGAUCCGCUGGGACGACAAGCACCUCUACAUCGGGGCCUACCUGCAGGAGCCUCAAAUCUGGGCAACGCUCACGAAGCACGACUCGGUCAUCUUUCACGACAACGAUUUCGAGGUGUUUGUCUGCCCGGAUGGGACGAGCCACUACUACAAGGAGUUUGAGAUGAAUGCGCUCAACACAACCUGGUCGCUGUGCUUGAACAAGCCCUACGCCAACAACGGUUAUGAAAACAGCAGCCGCGUCUUUGGCAAGCACGGGUGGGACGACCCAGGCUUGCGGUCUGGCGUGUACGUCGACGGCGUGCUCAACGACGUGAACGUGGUGGACAAGUACUGGACUGUGGAGAUUGCGUUUCCGCUCACGGCGCUCGCGUACAACACCACCGCCAACGUCCCGCCAACACCUGGCGAAUACUGGCGCAUCAAUUUCAGCCGUGUCGAGUGGCACGUCUUCAAGAACGGAUCACACUACUCAAAGGUGCCAAACACACCUGAAGACAACUGGGUGCUUGCGCCAACGUACAAGGUGGCCAUUCACCGACCAGAGUACUGGGCGUAUCUUCAGUUUGCAGACACACACGUCAACGGCACAAGCGCCGUCAAAGACCCCGACUGGACGAUCCGCUUCCUUGCCAUGCAGCUGUACUAUGCAGAGCUGUCAUUCAAGAUGAAGAGUGACCGCUACUCGGCGGAUUUGGCCGAAGUCGAGCAAUACACGCCAAUACCAGGCGCCCUCACACGCGGAUGCACUGGCAAGAUCAGCGUGAGUGUUGAUGCGGAGGGGAAGCACUACUCUGCGCACGUGCCGGAUGUGAGCCGUCGCCGCGUCGCCGUGAUACGAGACGACAGAUACCUCAUUGUCCAUGACACAUAGUGCAGACCAUUCCUGCCGCAGCCACACAAACACACCCACAUACACACAUGCCACCGAGUUAACACGUUGCUUGUGUGCGUGUGCGUCUUCAUGGCUGGCUUGCUUGGCUGUGCACCUUGUCAACCUCUCCAUCCUUGUUCCAGCAAAUAAAACAGUCAUUUGUG